AUGGAGAUUCACGUCACAAACGUCCCAGUUCAUACUGGAGAACACGAUCUUCGGAAAUUCCUCAAGCCUAAGAUCGAUAAACUUGCCAUCCAUAGCUUUCAUUGUCAUACUGCUCGAGGUAAAGACUUUGCCAAGCUCACUUUUCGAUCUACUACAGAUGGUGAGAAGUUUUUACGACAUUUUGGUGAAAGAAGACCAAACAACAAACAACGUAAAUCCAUAGGUCCUCCAAAGCUUAAUUUUCAUAGCAGGCCGAUUUAUUGUGAGUUGAGCAAAUGGCCUGCGAAUCUGCAUUUACUCCGAUGCUUGGAGAGAGAGGAGAAAGAACGUAUCGAAAACUCAGUGCUUCAAUAUGGUCCACCACUUGCCAACACUUCGUUCGAAUGCACCUCAGUUAUUUGUGGUACCUGGAACUAUGUCCAAGAAGAUUUGGUUUUCAUGCCGGAAUUAACAUGGCAAAGUAAUGUCACUGUUCACUUCAAGGAGAAGGCCAUGAUAUUGAUUCUCGACAACGGAUUACGAAUGGUCAUUCGUUACGAUACCAUUGAACUUCUCACUACAGAUGAUGGUCAUCAUUCAGCGAUCACUGCAACGCUCCGUCAACCUCCUCAUUUCUUCAGAGAUCCUCCAAAAGUUGACGUUCUCUACGAGAUCACACAAUUGCUUAACAAUGUAGAUCUCAGAAGAAAACCAAUAAGCAACAACCAUCCCACAAAAAGGUCCCGUGUUGCUGGUUUUGAUGAGAAGCACAAGGAAAUUGCGGGCAGCUCUCUCGUGUAUCGUUGCACAUUGAGGGGUUUCACUCCAGAAAUUGAAGAAAAGUUGGAGUCGCUGAAGGAUGCUCGAGGCGUCCCUCCAAUGAUUCAUCAUUCCGUUGCGAUAACUCAGCCCAUAGAAUCUCAUGAUACCGGUCUCAAAAGACUUCAUGAGGCUUUAGGAAGUUUCAACAAUAGUCUACCAUUUCCCUUGACAUUUCAGGUUCGAAAAUUAGCCCAAAAUGGAUUUCUCCCUCCUCGCCAAAUUAUUGAUCUUCUACCGACCUUCAUUUCAAUGUUCGAACGAUCCACUCUUCCAAUUUGUGUCGCAGCUAUGAGGAGACUAUUUAAUCAGCUUCCAUAUCCAGGACCUGAUGUCAAAGCAGAGGCCUUCGACAAGAAAGCUAUUGCUGAGUUGCUUGCAAAUAAUGAGAAACUUUCAACGCAAGAGGCUCUCUAUGCCGAGGGCUUCGGAGGUACGGCAUCUCAGAAUACUGCUCUGGUUCACCGAAUCACCAUUACUCCUGCUGGAGUAUAUCUGGAUGGCCCCGAGACAGAGAGUAACAAUCGUAUUCUUCGGAAAUAUGCUGGUAGUCAUGGCUAUUUCGUACGCGUGAAUUUCUGCGAUGAGGACGGUGGUAGAAUUCAGUAUGCUUCGAAUGUCUCUAACGAUGAAAUCUUCGAUGUGGUAUUCAAGAAUAUUUUACGAAAUGGAUUCUCUAUCGCAAACCAAAAAUAUGAAUAUCUAGGCUCGUCACAUUCAUCUCUUCGCACACAAUCCUGUUGGUUUGUGGCACCUUUCUUCAAUGAUAAGGGAUAUCACGAUGCCCAACAUAUCAUCCAUGACCUAGGUGAUUUUACAUCAAUUCGUUCUCCAGCUAAGUGUGCGGCACGAAUUGGUCAAGCAUUCUCCGAUACACCAAAUGCUAUAACACUCGAUAAGAAUGUUAAGGUGGAAAAUAUUUGCGAUGUCGAACGCAAUGGUAGAGUCUUUAGUGAUGGGGUAGGAACGAUGUCAGAGUCAUUGAUGCAUAAGAUAUGGGAAACUUUACCAAACAAAAAUCUCGUGAAACCAACUUGCUUCCAAAUUCGCUAUCGAGGGGCCAAAGGUAUGAUCUCUUUGGAUACCCGUCUCCAGGGAGAUUGUUUACAACUCAGAGAAUCUAUGAUCAAGUUCGACGGAUCUCUUUCAGACGAUCUUGAGAUAUGUGGUGGCGCGUACAAGCCACUCCCUAUGUAUCUCAACCGACAAUUCAUUAAGAUUUUUGAAGACUUAGGAGUCGAACCCGAAUAUUUCAUGAGACUUCAAGCAAAAGAGGUCUCACGAUUGAGAGCAAUUACGGCUAAUGCAUAUAAUGCCUCAACCUUUCUUCAACGAAAAAAGGUUGGAGAUGUUGUUCUCCUCCCAUAUUUAAUCGACCAUUGUUCUGCUUUAGAUCUGGAUUUUAGAAACGACGUGUUUUUGCGUGAUGUUCUUGAGAUGGCAGUUCUAAUAGAACUUCGCACUUUAAAGCAUAAAGCUAGAAUACCUGUCGAGAAGGGUUAUCAUCUACACGGCAUAAUGGACGAGACUGGGAUUUUGAAAGAAGGGGAAAUAUAUUGUUGCUGGCUUGAAGAUGGAAAGCCUACCACGCUGGUCAGAUCGGAUGUUGUUAUCACUCGAGCUCCGGCACUUCAUCCUGGAGAUGUUCAAUUGGUUAAUGCCGUGGAUGUCCCGAGCAACUCACCACUGAAGAGACUCUAUAAUUGCAUUUGCUUUAGUCAAAAAGGUGCUCGCGAUUUACCAAGUCAGUUAUCUGGUGGUGAUCUUGACGGAGAUCUCUACUAUGUCAUGUUUGAUCCAGAUAUGAAGUUGAAGAAGACUGUAACACCCGCAGAUUACCCACGAUUACCACCUCUCGACAUUGGCCGUAUCGUGACACAGCAAGACAUGGCUGAUUUCUUCUUAACUUUUAUGAAGACGGAUCAACUUGGUGUUAUAUCAAAUAGACAUCAAGUCUAUGCAGAUCAAAAUGUGAAUGGAACUGAAUGUUCAGAGUGCCUAAAAUUGGCGGAGCUUUGCUCAACUGCGGUUGAUUACUCUAAAACUGGAAUACCGGCUGAUAUUAAUCAUCCAAGUGUACCCAGAAGUACUCUUUGGCGACCUGACUUUAUGGCUCCAGGACCUCAUAUUAAAAUUUCGAACCGACCUACCGAUCGUCUUGAAUUCUCUCAAGAGUAUGCUCCCGUAGAAGCAAUGGACGAAGAGGAUGAGGUCUCGAAUAUUAAGUACUAUGAAAGUCAUAAGGUUUGUGGAAAGCUUUACCGUGCGAUCGAUGAACGACAAGUCUUUGAGGAUGUUAAAAAGCUGAAUACUCAAGCCAAUGACAGUCCUGAUGUCAUACAACACUUGUGGGAAUUCGUUAAAUCUCGUUCUCAGGGAAUCCUCUGGCAACAUUUACGAAAUACUGCGCUGGAGAUCCAGGAGAUUUACGAAAACAACAUGCUGGAUAUAAUGCAUGAGUAUAGCGAGCAUCCAAGUCGCCCAAUUAGCGAGCGAGAGGUAUUUGUUGGUAAUAUUCUUGGAAAGGUUGGAUCAGUGAGCAAAAAGCAAAGAGACUUGUGCACCAGCAUGAAGGAGAAAUACGAUGAUCUUGCCGCAUUCAUCAUUAAUUGCAUCAUCAAGGAUAAGGAUGAGUACUCUGAAGAAGCUUUAGAGCGCAGCAUUGCUUGUUUCGCCAUCUCGCUAGAUGAGAGGAAGCCGAAAACAUUUCGGGAUGAACCUUCAAGAAGUUUCAGAUAUUUAGCUGCUGGAGUCUGCUUGAGGGAGAUGGAGAGAGUACCUGGGCUUCUGAAUCAUUGGUAA